AUUUUUUUCUUGACUGCACACACGACAGUUACAUGAGUCGUCCAGAACAUCAUCUCAAAUGGGUCUCAAACUUCAAGAUCUCUACGUCUUCCUCCUCUCGUCCUGACCCGGCAUCUUCUUUUAUUCUACCUCUUCCUCCCCAUUCGCCUUGAUAUCACGACAUAUCUCCUGCGACUUUGCCGCGGCUUUGCAGCCCACUCUUUAAUCCCGCAUUCCACCGACGAUAGCCCUCCUCAAACCUCAAAAGCACAAUCGCAGUGCUAUUGACUACUCAAUUCGAUAUGGUUCGCAACAUAGUCGUCCUUGGAGGCAACUCCCAUCCUCAACUCGUCGACACAAUCUCCAACAUUCUCGGCGUUCCACCGUGCAAUCGAAUUCUUUCAAAAUUUUCUGUCGGGGAAAGCCGUCUUGAAAUCAAGGACUCCGUAAGAGGGAAGGAUGUCUACAUCAUUCAAUCUGGCGGUGGUAAGGUCAAUGACAACUUUGUCGAUCUUUGCAUCAUGAUAUCAGCCUGCAAGACUGGAUCUGCAAAGCGCGUUACAGCUGUUCUUCCAUUGUUUCCUUAUUCUCGACAACCCGACUUGCCAUAUAACAAAGUUGGAGCACCCUUGUCAAAAGCCCCAACCGAUGUCAACAGAGGAGACUUUACAUUUGAAAGCCGACCUCCAACUCCUGGACCAGGUCAACCUCAGAGUCAAAGUCUGACGAAUGGCAAUGGUAAUGGUAUGGAAGGGCUUCAAAAGAAGCUAGGAAAGGCGAGCUUGGAGCAGCAGAAUGGCACAACGUAUACCAACGGAAUCACCCCACCCAGGCGAUCGGAUACAUUGGACUCAUCGUCGUCGGUCACCGGGAGAGGUCGGGGAAGCUCUUCCAGCUCUGCAUCCGCCCCUCCAUUCACAACUCACGACUACGAGAAUCCAACAAUGUUGAAGGAAGCAGGCAAAAUCUUCCAGGCCAAGCCAGGAUAUAAGCAAUGGGUUGCUCAAGCUGGAACCCUUGUCGCAGACCUUUUGACCUGUGCUGGCGCGGAUCACAUCAUCACUAUGGAUUUGCAUGACCCUCAAUACCAGGGCUUCUUUGAUAUCCCAGUGGACAAUCUGUAUGGCAAGGCAUUGUUAAAGAGAUACAUUCAGACCAAGAUUCCUGACUUCAAGGACGCGGUUAUCGUCAGUCCAGACGCUGGCGGUGCGAAGAGAGCAACUGCUAUUGCAGAUGAUCUUAAUGUGGACUUCGCUCUGAUUCACAAGGAACGUCGACCUACACGUAUCACAGACCGCCAAAAUGCCACCAUGAUGCUCGUAGGAGAGGUUGCAGGCAAAGUCACUAUACUUGUGGAUGAUUUGGCCGACACCUCCAACACUAUCACAAGAGCUGCCAAACUCCUGAAGAAGGAGGGUGCCACAAAGGUUUAUGCCCUGCUCACACAUGGAGUGUUUAGCGGUGACGCUAUUGCCCGUAUCAAUGCCUCCGCCCUGGAUAAAGUCGUCGUAACCAACAGUGUUCCACAAGAUGAGCAUAAGAGAUUGUGCCCCAAGCUGGAAGUUCUCGAAGUUGGAACGGUCUUUGCGGAAGCAAUUCGUCGCGUUCAUCAUGGAGAAUCCAUUUCUGCUUUAUUCUGGGAGUAGACGUCCGGUGUUUUCUUGGUUCUGGUGGUCAGCAUUUCUGUUCUGGCGUUUGAGGAGAAUCAUAAUGGGGAUAGGCCAUCUGGGCUGUGAGCUUUGCGUCUCGUUGACCACUUGGCAUACAAUUGCUAUACCUCGUAACCGCAUUCGCGGAUCAUACUGAUUUGCAGUGAUUCGGGAAGACAUAGAUAAGUCGUAUAUUUGGCUUCCACUGAACGCUUUCCCAAGUGCUGGAUAAAAAUUCGUGGAGAGUAAUGUAGGACAUUUCAAUAGAAAAAUAGGAGCAAGUUCUUCC